UGAAUAAAGAACAUCAAAAAUAAAAAAGAAGUAACCCCAAAACAAAAAAGCGAAGUUGCGUGAAUAAAGAAGAAGAGUCUUAUCUUAGAAGCAGCUGAAAGAGAUGGGAUCGAUUCUUUCAGCCCUAUAUGGCGGAGGGGCCGCUGCAACUGACGAGCAAUCUGAAAUUGAUGGUCAUCCAGCCGUCACAGCUUUCCACUCAUCUAACCGUUGGCAACUUCACUUCAAUUCCAUGAAAGAGUCUCCCCAGCUGAUGGUGAUUGAUUUCGCUGCUUCCUGGUGCGGACCUUGUAAAUUUAUGGAGCCAGAACUUAUAGCUAUGGCUCACAAGUAUACUGAUGUGAGCUUUGCCAAGAUUGAUGUUGAUGAACUGCCUAGCGUGUCGCAGGAAUUUGGAGUGCAAGCUAUGCCUACGUUUGUGUUGGUGAAGAGAGGGAAGGAAGUCGAUAGAGUCGUAGGAGCCAAGAAAGAUGAACUUAUCAAGAAGAUUGUGAAGAAUAGGGCUAUUCAAUCAGCAUCUUAAAUUCGUGUGUAUGUAAUCAUAAAUCCCUUUACUUUCUGAGUUAUUGAUGAUUUGAUAAUUAACAAUGUAUGUGAUUUAUGUAUGAUCUUUGUGUUUC